AUGACCGUCUCAUAUCCAUUCCAGACCGUUUUUGCCGUCCCCAUGACAUGUGACAGCUGCGUCAAGGACGUUUCAGACUCGUUGUACAAACUGGGGGGCAUCACCAAGGUCGAGGCCAACCUCGAGGACCAAUUGCUGUCUGUCGAGGGCACAGCCGCGCCGUCUUCCAUUGUCGAGGCCAUCCAAGCCACCGGCAGGGACGCUAUCCUGCGAGGCUCGGGGGGAUCAAACAGCGCGGCUGUCAGCAUCCUCGAGUCCUUUUACCGUGCAGACGAUGCCGAGCAUGCAAGUAAAGAGUUGGACGGGGAGUCAGAUAGAGAGGUCAGGGGCUUGGCCAGAAUGGUGCAGGUUUCCCCGACUACCACUCUAAUCGACUUGACGCUACGCGGUGUGGCUCCCGGCUCUUACAGAGCGACGAUUCGUGAGUAUGGCAACCUGGCAGAGGGUGCAUCUUCGACUGGCCCUGUCUGGUCGGGAGGUAGCGAAGGUGAUGCCGCCAAGGGGUUCUUGGGCGUCUUCCACGUCGGCAAGGAUGGUAGAGGUAGCGCGUACCUCGACAAGACCUUUAAGAUCUGGGAAGUCAUUGGCCAUGCGAUGGUCGUCUCGAGACAAGAUGAAUCUGCAGGGGCGCUGAAGAACGACCCCGACACCGUAGUUGGCGUGAUUGCCAGGAGUGCCGGCGUGUGGGACAAUGAUAAGACCGUGUGCUCGUGUACCGGGAAGACGUUGUGGGAGGAGCGGAAGGAGAAGGUCGAGAAGGGCAUGCUCUAG